AUGAAGUUCUUCAACGUUGUCCUCAUUGCGGCUCUUGCUGCCUUUGCCAAUGCUGCCGCUGUGCCCAACCCCGAAGCUGCUUUGACCAACCCUCUUGAAAAGCGCUGUAAAGGACCCGCCAUCAUGCCACCAUCUAUCAAAAAGAUUUCGAUUUUCGACUUCAAAGUCAGCGAGCACGAGAUAGACUUGGGUAAAUCGGUUCCCAAGCUGCAAGGAUCAUCCAACUGGAGGGCAUGGGAGAAGCAGAUGCUCAGGAUGCUGGGCUUCAACAAUAAGGUCUAUGUGCAGUUGAUCAAUGAUGAGAUGUGGAUGCCUUCACCUCCUACGUAUGAAGAUGCAUCUCAUGCCAGCGUUAAGGCUCUACUUCUCAAAGAAGCCGAAGGCAACAAGGAAAUGGAAUGUCGCAUUACAGAAGAGGUCAUCGAAGCUCGCUGCGCCGAAAUUGUCGCCUCAAAUUUGGAGCUGCAGAAGCGCUACGCAGAUGGCGAAGAGAAGUGGGAAAGAGCCAACAAACGGGCUUUGCAACAAUUUGUAUCUACACUCGGGCCUGAGGCUUACGCUUUGGUCAGCGGACAUUCAAAUGUGCAUGAUGCCUACACUAAACUGGCAGAGGAGUACUGGGACGAAACGCACUAUGGUAGCUACUCACGGUUCUACAAGCUUCUCAACCUCCAAUACAAAAAAGGAGAUCCUCACACCUUUGUGGCGCGCUUCAAAAAGCUCCUUGGGGAUUACACUGAGGUUGUUGGCAAAAUGACACCCAUGCAAGAGUUCUGCCACUUUCAGUGGGCAACCAUCUGCAAUGAUCUGUGUUAUACUAAAUAUUUCAUCGACCUCGACAUAGAUGACGAAGAACCUGACUUGGACCAGAUCUACUCUGACUUUAUCAAGAUCAUGAGAGAGAACUAG